CAACAACACAAACUAUGGGGCGGUAUACCCAGUGUCACCAACUUAGUCUAGUAGUCAAAACACAACAAAUGAUUGAUAUGGGUGCAACAAGUGUCAUAAAUGACGCCGGAACUCACUUUUUUUGUCGGCAACAUGGAAUCCGUAAUAAUUUUCUUCUCGGUUUUUUCCUUUUUUUCUUUUAUAUAUCAUUUUUUUUCUUAAUUAGAAUCCUAAAUCACGUGAACAUCUGUCUGAAAAAGUUAAUUUUGACGUCAUUUAUGACACUCGUUGCACCAAAUCCAAAAAUUUCUAAUUUUAAAUCCCGUUCUCUAAUCUUAAAUAUAAAAAAGAUGGUCUUGUAUUUGAGCUUAGGUAAAAAUUAAAUUGAAGAUGAUGAGUUCUCCUAUUUUUAUUUUUUUUAGAGGAAUUUAACAUGAAGAAGAGCUAAAAAGGGAAAAAAAGAAAAACUAAAAGAGAAAAGUGCGUAAAUACUGCAAAAAGCCAUGUGGCCCAGCCUAUUAUAUAAACUGGCUCCUUUCUCUCAUUUGCCCAUCUCUCUUAAAUUUCUCUUUCCACCAAAAAUAAACCUCUACUCUUACAUUUUCUCAUUCAUUUCUUCUCUGUCUCCUCAUCACUUCUCUUCUUUAGUACACCACAUAACAUACAUAUAUCAUAUAUCAUAAUAACAUAUGCACAUACACCCACAAAAUCUCACAAACCAAAUUCAUCUCCAAAAAAACAUAACAUAAGCUGAUCAAUACAUACAUAUAUAAUUGAUUGAUCAAUUGAAUCAAAAUAGUUGCUCUUCAAUCAAGAGUAAUAAUCUAAAUUAUGAUACUAAACAAGGGAGGCGGCACGGCGAAAGAGGAGGUUUGCGGAGGAUCUAACGGUGGAGUGUUGAAAAAGGGACCGUGGUCAGCAGCAGAAGAUGCGGUGUUGGUUGAUUACGUGAAGUUACAUGGAGAAGGUAAUUGGAAUGCUGUGCAAAGAAAUACAGGACUUCAACGUUGUGGUAAGAGUUGUAGGCUUAGAUGGGCUAACCAUCUUAGACCUAAUUUGAAGAAAGGUGCCUUUUCUUCUCAUGAAGAACGUCUCAUCAUUGAUCUUCAUGCUAAGCUUGGUAACAAGUGGGCCCGCAUUUCUGCCCAUUUACCAGGAAGAACAGACAAUGAAAUCAAAAACUAUUGGAACACAAGAGUAAAAAGAAGAAUACGCCAAGGUUUACCACUAUACCCAAAUGAUCUUCCAACACCACCUCCACCAUAUAAUCCUCCAACACUUCCACUUUCUCUUCCCAAAACUCCACCACCUACACUCUCUCUCUUCAACCCAAUUUCUCUCUCCUCCUCUGUUUUCUCUCUCCACCACCCUCCUCCAUUGCUCCCUUCACAAACACUCAAGCGUUGCUCACAACAAAACUCUUUCAUGGGUAAUCCUGUAUUUUCUCCCUCUCAAAUGGGUCCCUUUCAGAUUAGCCCAAUGGGGUUCGGAUUCGAUCCGGGUCGAAAAUUGGAUUUCGGGUUCGGUAGCCCGAGUUUUGAGCUCCCUUCAAACCAAUUCAGCCAAAAUGUGACUAGUAAUUAUGUGGAGGAGGUGGAAGAUGAUGAUGAGAAGGUUAAUCCAAAUAAUGUGGGUCUGAGUAAUAGUGGGUUGUUGGAUGAUCUUUUGCAAGAAGCUCAAGUUAAGGUGGGUUUAAAGAGAGAUAGAGAACAGGAUUGUGGCCUUCAGUGGGAUAUUUCAAGCUCUGAGAAUUCUUCAACUGGAAACAAGAAAGAGGAAUUGGAAGAUCAGCUAAUAAACAUUGAUAGUCAAGAUUUGUCGAACAUCCUUGAGUUGAUCCCUUCACUUGUUCAGGCUCCUUCUUGGUGCAACGAGAGCGGCGGCGAAAGCUCGGCUCCUCAAUCAUCUGCUGUUAGUACAGAUGAUAAUUGCAAUGUAUUUGAUGAUCAAAUGCCACAACCUCCAUCUUUUGCUGCUAUGAACAAUACAAGUUUUGAGGAUGAUGAUGGUGAUGAUUGGAAUCCUGGGUUCUAUAAUUGGGAUAACUUGCCUAGGAUAUGUUAAAAGUUCUUUUAAUUUGAAAUCAUGUUAAAGUUGAUUAUGAAACAUUAUGAUUAAGGAGCAAGAGAUUAAAGAUCAAAGGUUGUUUGUAGUUGAUUGUUCUAGCUUAUUUGUUUAACAAGGGAAGUGCAUAUAUGCCCUUUGACAGUAUUUUAGGCCCCCUAUAAUAAUAUGCACUCCUUAAAAAACUGCUUCACAUUUUAAGUCA